UAAAUUCUUCUUUGUCAAAUAUUCAUUGGUAGUGACGCUUUGAUGUUAUUUCCGUCUAUGAAGUUUACUGUGGAAUCGAAAGUCACGCAAGGUUUGAGAAUUUGUGAAUUGUUGUUGAUUUUGUUAAAUUGGAUUUUCGUAAGUUGUGACGAUUUAUUUUAGUUAAUAAUUUGUAUGCAAGAUGGCAACAGCAGUCGCUUGUGAAAUUCCUACUCCUGGAUUUUCCUUCGAAAACUGUAGAAGGAACGCCCACCUGGCAGGCCGAGGGUUCCCCGCGCCCAAGGCGACUAAGACGGGCACCACCAUCGUGGGCAUCGUCUACAAGGACGGGGUGAUCCUGGGGGCGGACACCCGCGCCACCGAGGACACCAUCGUGUCGGACAAGAACUGCUCCAAGAUCCACUACCUGGCCGGCAACAUGUACUGCUGCGGGGCGGGCACGGCCGCCGACACGGAGAUGACCACGCAGAUGAUCUCCUCCCAGCUGGAGCUGCACCGCCUGAACACGGGGCGCGUGGUGCCCGUGGUCGUCGCCAACCGCCUGCUCAAGCAGAUGCUGUUCCGCUACCAGGGGCACAUUGGCGCGGCUCUCGUGCUGGGAGGGGUGGAUCCCUCAGGGCCGCACCUGUACUGCAUCUACCCCCACGGGUCGACCGACAAGCUGCCGUACGCGACCAUGGGCUCUGGGUCCCUGGCCGCCAUGGCCGUGUUCGAGUCCCGGUGGAAGCCGGAGCUGACCGAAGAGGAAGGUAAGGAAAUUGUGCGAGAUGCAAUUGCUGCUGGAAUUUUCAAUGAUCUAGGAUCAGGGAGUAACAUUGACAUCUGCGUUAUUCGAUCUCCCUCUGCUGGUGGCGGAGUGAGUUACCUGCGUCCUUACGAUCAAGCCAAUGUCAAGGGAAAGAGGCAAGGGACAUACCGCUUCAAGACGGGCACCACCGCAGUUCUAAAUACGAAGAUUGUUCCAGUGAUAGUCGAAGAGAUUGCCAUCAGCAUUGAUGUGUCUGAAGAAGCCAUGGACACGUCAAGUUAAAGGACUUUUUUUGAAUUGAAAGGUGUUUGAAUACAAAAGCUGCAUAUUUGGAGAAAUGUGUCAGUUGUGUAUUAAUGUGGCAAUUUUUUUUUCUAAUUUUAUGUCAUGCCCACUUUCAGCAUAAAUUAAAAGGAAUAAGUUAACUCUUGUUUAUGAAAAAUUAAAAUUUACCAA